CCGGUUGUCCCGGUUGGUUGCUGUCCCGGUGGUGCCCCGGUUUGUGCCCCGGUUGCCCCGGUUGGUUGCCCGGUAGCCGCCCGGCCAUGCCGCUGCCGGUGGCGCUGCAGUCCCGCCUGGCCAAGCGGGGGCUGCUCAAGCACGUGGAGCCCGAGCCCGAGGAGGAGAUCAUCGCCGAGGAUUACGACGACGCCCACGUGGAUUACGAGGCCUCGCGGCUCGAGGGGCUGGUGCCCCCCUGGUACAAGGUCAUCGACCCCACCUGCGGGCUGCCCUACUACUGGAACGUGGACACCGACCUGGUGUCGUGGCUGCCCCCCGGCGACCCCGGCGCCGCCCCCCGCCCGCGCCGCCAGGAGGAACAAGGCCCCCCCCAAACCCCUGACCCCCCCGCAGAGGCCGAGGGAGCCCCCCGAGAGGAGGAGGCGCCGCGGGAGCGCCGCGGGCACCGGCGCGAGGAGCUGGCACCGUACCCCAAGAGCAAGAGAGGUGCGGGCGCAAAGGACGAGGAGCUGGACCCGAUGGACCCCAGCGCCUACUCGGACGCGCCCCGGGGCACGUGGUCCACGGGGCUGCCCAAGCGCAACGAGGCCAAGACGGGCGCGGACACGACGGCGGCCGGCCUGUUCCAGCAGCGGCCGUACCCCAGCCCCGGCGCCGUGCUGCGCGCCAACGCCGAGGCCUCGCGCGGCAAGGACUGAGCCCCAAAGUGGGGAACCCCAAAAACGGGACCCCAAAAAC